AUGGCCUUGCGCACCACCGGACAUCUGUUGCUCGGUAUCGUACGAAUCUAUUCACGCAAAGCGAAAUAUCUGCUGGCUGACUGCAACGAAGCAUUCUUCAAAAUCAAAAUGGCAUUUCGACCGGGUCAGAUUGAAAUCGAGGACGACGGGCAGCUGGCCACCAAUGCCGCCAUCAAUCUUCCAGAGGCAAGUGUUACCCUCCGCUUUUAUUCGUGGGUUUACCAAGAUUUUGAUGCAGCCCUACCAGAUUUCAAUGAUUUGGAUAUGCAGACCCAAAUUCAAAUGAAUCAGAGUCGGAUCGAUGACAUAACACUGAAAGAGGAUCUAAUCCCCGAAGCAGGAGACAUGACUUUUGGAUCUGAGUUCGGAACUGACGACUUUGGCGAGAAUACUCUUGGCUUUUUCAAUGAUAACCUGGAAGAGCGUCGAGAGGAUGAACUGGAUACGCCGAAUGAACUGAAAUCGAGGACCAGUGUCCUGGAAGAAUCCCAUCCUCUUGCUGAAAAACACGAUGAUAUUAAUGGAAAGCCGAUGGACAUCGAUCUGGCUGAUCACCUGGGAAUACCGGAACCGGACGACGAUUUCGGCGAUUUCCCCACCGAUAACAUGCUUGAUGAUGUUAUUUUCAAUGAAAACGAGCUGGCCAAAAGUUUGGACGCAAUGGAGGCGCCGCGCGCUGAACAGGAUAUACCCAUGGAAACGGACGAUGUUGCAGCAGCGACAGCAGCAUUCGCAGACCUGGUGCAGCCAACACCGACAGCCAGCACGCUGGGCAGCGAGAGUUUUGCACUAGAGCCUUUGGAUGUGGCAGCCGUGGCUGGGAUUGAGAAACCGGGCAGACCGAAACGUAAGCGCCGGCUGGUUGUCGAUGAGCAGAAGAAUAUAUCGGGCGAUGAAAUGAAAGGAAACAUGGCUGAUUUCAGAGACACCGUGCAACCGUUGGACCUCGCACCACCAACCAGGAAACUGAUGAAACUGAAGGAGACUGGAAUUGCUGACAAACUUUUUGUAAAUCCCGGGUGCCCUCAUCUGCGAGCAUUCAGUCUGUUGAAGGUGAUUUCUCCAGUUGAUAAUUUGGCACACCUAGAAACGAUUCCAGAGGAGGAAAUACCUGCUGUUCCUGAAGAAAUCCAAAUAUCGAACAAGGAGAAGGAUCUUUUUGCCGGUCCAGAAAAGAAAAAGGAGCGUAAAAGUCGCGCGGAACGCACACUGGAGGAGGAUGAAACAGCAAUCGACGGCGAAGAUGAGCACAGGUGGACAAAAAGGACCCAAAAUGUCUUGAAUUCAAUUUCAGCUAAAAUCAAAGCUUCAGCCGAUGGAAAAGUGAAGUUUUUUCUCCUUACUGAAAAUAGUCACCUUUGCUUUUUAUGCGUUUUUGCUGUUCAACGUUGCUAUAACGUUGCGAUAGUCAGCAAAAGCGCAUAUUGUCGAGAGGUUGUUUGUAUGUGUGUGUUCAGAAGCGAACAGACUUUGUCACCCACUUUCAUCUCAGCAACCAGGAAAUCUGGGAGGCUAAAAUUUUGGAUAUGUAUUCCAACCCGUGUAUCACCCCCCGUUGUAAGAUUUUCCCCUACACGCUCCUAG